UCCACCUCACAGUCCGUCCUCUCCUUGACGCUCGGUCAUUCCUUCUUUCCACCCUCAUUCCUUGGGUUUUUUGCUCUAUACUGCUGUGCAGUACGCAUUCCUUAGACUCCUCUGUCGACCAGAGCAUCAAUCCUUCCAAAAGAAAACAGUGACCCUACAUUGUCAACCAAAAGCAAAUCACUUCACCAAAUAACCACUACCACAAUUCUAUACCAAACAACUCACAUCCAUUACAAUGGCCCCUCUUUCCAAGUCUCUCGCCCUGGCUGGCACUCUCUUUGCCGCCUUCGGCUCUGCUGCUCCUGUUGAGAAGCGCUCAACCGAAGUUGUUUACCAGACCGUCACCUCCGUCGUCUGGACCACUGUCGACGUGACCACCACCAUCUACGGCGCUGCCCCUACCGAAUCCGCUGCCGCUAGCCCUACCCCCGAAUCUCAAUACCAGCUGCCCGGCAACAGCCAGCCUGAGCAAUCCGUCAACUACCAGCCCUCUUCCUUCACUACCUCCACCUCCACCGCUUGGGGCGCUGCUUGGACCCCCGAGCCCGCAUCCUCCACCACUUCGACUUCCACCAGUGAGUGGGAACCCGCCUGGACUCCAGCCCCCACCACCUCCAGCUCCACCAGUGAAUGGGAGCCUGCCUGGACUCCUUCCACUACCAGCCAAGAGCCCGCCUGGACCUCCGGGUCUCCUUGCACGGGUGAUCUGACCUACUACGUGGCUGGACUGGGAUCCUGCGGCAUCACCAGCAACGGCAACACCGAUAUGGUGGUUGCGCUUCCCCAUGGCAUCAUGCAAGACAGCGACUGCGGCAAGACCGUGAAGAUCACCUACAACGGUGUGACCGACUACGGCACCGUCUGGGACAAGUGCAUGGGUUGUGAUGAUGUGUCGAUCGACCUGUCGGAGAAGCUGUUCAAGAAGUUCGGUACCGAGUCCGAGGGACGCCUGACGGGCGCGGAGUGGUACAUUGAGUAGAUGGCCGGGAUGGAACGGAAUUAUUUUACCCUUCUUGUCACUCGUUGAUUGACUGAUUUAGAUAUGAUGAUUUUGAUUUCUUGUUUAUA